GCUUUUUGCACCACCAUUUACCUGGGCACACUGUGCAUCGCAUCACAACAAAAAACGCGCGAAGGUUCAGGCAGAAAACGCAAAACAUCGCGGCGAUAACAUCCUCGCCAGCAACGACCGCAUCCUUCGCAUCACAGUAAACACUCGGAACACAAGCGCGCAAACAUGCUCUUCGAGGAUCAACAUAUGUCCGUGGACAACACGCCGCAGAAGGGCUCCGGCAGCCUGAAUUCCUCUGCAUCCUCCAUCUCGAUCGAUGUGAAGCCCUCGAUGCAGAGCUGGGCCCAGGAGGUUCGCGCGGAGUUUGGCCAUAGCGACGAGGCAUCCAGUUCCCUAAAUAGCAGCGCUGCCAGCUGCGCUUCCUUGGUGAAGAAGGAGCCAGCCGAGAUCAAAGAGGAGCCCACCGAAGGCGAUGGUCGGGAGAUGGCCUUUGAGUUUCUGGACGGCGUCAACGAGGUCAAGUUCGAGCGCCUGGUCAAGGAGGAGAAGCUGAAGACGCCCUACAAGCGACGCCACUCGCACACUCCGCCCAGCAACGAGAACAGCCGCUCCAACAGUCCAAACAGCAGCAACUCCUCGGCCAACGGGGAUGCAGCUGCACCCAAAGGUGGCAAUAACCAGCGCCCCAGGAACCAAAACAAAUCCAGCAGCUUCCGGGGCCACAAGGAGGAGAAGCGGGUGCGCCACAAUAGCUACACAUCCUCCACCUCGUCCUCCUCCUCCUACACCGAAGCCGAUCCCGCUGUCCUGGCCCGUCGUCAGAAGCAAAUAGAUUACGGCAAGAAUACGGCUGCCUACGAGCGCUACUCGGACAUGGUGCCAAAGUCUGAGCGGGCUCGCGAACAUCCGCGUACCCCGAAUAAGUACGGAAAGUACAGCCGCCGUGCCUUCGAUGGUCUCGUGAAGAUCUGGCGCAAGAGCCUCCACUUCUACGAUCCACCCACCCAGCCAAAUGCCACGGCCAAGAACGACAGCAAUUCGGACUCGGAUUCGGACUAAAAUCUUGUUAUCGGGCCGGGCUACAUUUUUCAAAUAUAACUUGGGGGUCUACCUACUUAUUAUCAGUCUAAGUACAAAUUCAAGCUAACUAAAACUAUGAAUCAAAUACGCAUUUUCAAGUUGCAAGGCCGUGUGCGGAAAAUUGUUACCACAGAUGUUUUGUUGAAUAAAAUGGCGUCUUACA